CAGUUUGCCCUGUAAUCUGUAAUCUUUAAAAAGAGGGAAAUGUUGUGAUCGGAUGAAGUAUUUAUUGUUGUCUCAAUAAUUAAAAGAAAAUCAGAAUAAGCUACUGUUUUUAAAUACUUCUAUCUAAUGAAUUGACCAGGGCACAAAAAACGCGUUAGGACCAAAAUCCAUGAAAAAUGAAAUGAAGUCUACAGCUGCCAAUACCUCCACUAAUAACAGAAAUGACACUCAAGCAAGUCAAAAGAGUAGUGCUUCAGAUGAAGAACCUAUGCAUGAAGUUGUCAACAAGGACACUGGAAGAAAGGCAAAUAGGAUGUCUGAUGUUGAAUUCACCUCUUUUGGAGAUGGAACAGAACAUGAUGUAGUAAAGAAAGUCUCAAUGGAAACAACAGAUCCUGAUCCAAUAUCAAUCUUUAGCGAUGCAGAUGAUCCAAUAUUCUCGAUGAAAACUGAUAGAUCUGGUAGUACAAAUGACGCAUGUCAUUUUAAGGCAGGUGCUAGCACCUCUAGAAUGAGUACAAAUAAAUUCCAAGACAACAACGGCAACUUAGAACAGGAAGAUGUUUCAAAACUUUUAAAGCUUCUAUCAAAACCCAAUCUUAUGAGUUCUCCAUGGGAUAAACGCAAGAAUUCAAAGACACCUCUUAAAACCUACAGUAAUCCACGAAAGUCAUCGAAAGAGAGUGCUAUUAUAGAGAGUUUUGGACUCCCUGAUACCUCUAUAAUACCCGAGAAAUCCUCAAAACCUGGUAUUUUAGAUGCGAAUGUUUCAGAUGCUUCAGAAAUUACGCUUGAAGCUUUAAAAUUUGGAGAUGAGUCCUGGUGUGUAGAUUUUGCAGAAGACUUUUUGGUCCUAUCUGAAAUUAGAGUGAAAGCUUGUCCACAGAAUCAUGUAUUGGUCAAUAAAUCGUUGAAUUCAUCAAUGGAAGCAUCUACUCCUGUAAAGCAAGGAAGUUCUGCUAUCAUGCACGUUAAAAAUAAGUUCAAUGGAGCGGUUGCAAAUUCUAAGCCUAACAGUAAUUAUUUAUUAAAAAAUGAUGUGAAUAUAUCACCUAACAAGUCUGAUAUUGUUAUUAAGAAGAAUAAUUUAACGAUAGAUGAACAUGAAGUUGAAUUUUUUAGUUCUAACGGAACCUCUACACCAAAUUCCACAACUAUCAAAACAAAUAGACUGGAUAAAAGUGUUCAAAAGGAGAAAGAAUCACACAGAAGUAAAUCAACCCCCAAUACAAAAAUAAUAUCUGAAUCUUACAUUGAUAAAACACCAACAAAUGAUAAUACAUCAAGCGAAAAAAGAACAUUAAGAUCUGAUGCCACUAGAGACAAUACCAAUCAAUCCAAAGAUACAACCCCCCAUAAAAGUCGAGAAAUUAGUUCAUUAGAAAGUCAAUGUUCAGGCGAAACACGGAAAUUAAGAUCAUUCACUGCACCUGGUACUCCUUCAGAAUUUAGUUCUUUAGAAAGUCAACGUUCAGGCAAAACACGAAAAUUAAAGUCGUCAUCUGUGCCUGGAACUCCUUCAGAACUUAGUUCGUUAGAAAGUCAAUGUUCAGGCGAAACACAGAAAUUAAAGUCAUCAACUGAGCCUAGUACCCCUUCAGAACUUAAUUCCUUAGAAAGUCAAUGUUCAGGCGAAACACAAAAGUUAAAGUUGUCAACUGCGUCUGGCACCUCUUCAGAUCUUAGUUCGUUAGAAAGUCAGUGUUCAGGUGAAACACGGAAAUUAAGAUCAUCCACAGCGCCUGGUACCCCUACAGAACUUAGUUCGUUAGAAAGUCAAUAUUCAGGCAAAACACGAAAAUUAAAGUCAUCAACUGCACCUGGUACCCCUUCAGAACUUAGUUCGUUAGAAAGUCAAUGUUCAGGUGAAACACGGAAAUUAAGGUCAUCCACUACACCUGGUACACCUUCAGAGAUUAGUUCAUUAGAAAGUCAACGUUCAGGCAAAGCACGAAAAUUAAAGUUGUCAACUGUGCCUAGUACCCCUUCAAAACUUGGUUCAUUAGAAAGUCUAUGUUCAGGCGAAACGCAGAAAUUAAGGUCAUCCACAGCGCCUGGUACCCCUUCAGAACUCAGUCCUUUAGAAAGUCACUGUUCAGGUGAAACACAGAAAUUAAAGCCAUCCACUGCGCAUGGUACCCCUUUAGAACUUGGUUCGUUAGAAAGUCAAUGUUCAGGCAAAACACAAAAACUAAAGUCUUCAACUGCGCCUGGUACUCCUUCAGAACAUAGUCUGUUAGAAAGUCAAUGUUCAGGUGAAACACGGAAAUUAAGGUCAUCCACUGCGCCUGAUACCCCUUCAGAACAUAUUUCGUUAGAAAAUCAAUGUUCAGGUGAAACACGGAAAUUGAGGUCAUCCACUGCGCCUAGUACUCCUUCAGAACCGUCAAAAUGUUCAAAAACGAAUGACGUUUUUAGUAAUUUAACAGUCAAUCUCCAGACGGAUUUCCAAACAACAAAAACUACACCAGUUUCAAAAAUGCUAUCUUCAACCGACUUUAACAAACAAAAACUCAAGGUUACUAUCACAAAGGAAACUUCUUCUACCGUUAAUAAUAAGCCAAAAGCGGUGCUUACAAAAACCACUAGUGAUCCUAAUAUACAAGUUUCUAGUAAAGAGAAAAAUGAAAAGAUGAAGUGUGUAUCAGACUCGGAAGUGUCUCGAAACGAGGACUAUGUAAGGCAACUCAAAAUAAUUUUACAUCCCCUCAGAACGCCCAUGGAAUCUCCUAAAGCAAAGCAGGCCAAAAGACGUAGUACUCGAUUAAAUAUUUCACAAGAUUCAAAAACUACAAACGAAAAGAAAUCAGCAUCACGAGAAAUGAUUUUACAACUUGUAGAUGUCAUACCUGUUCCUGACAAAGAAGAAUAUAAAUCGCCACUGUUAAAAAAUCCAGCUUUUGUUAAGUUGUUCCAAAAAGAAGAAUGUCCUCUACUCGAUGUGCUUAUGAACAAAGAUCCAAAGAUGAAGGUGAAGGCAAACAGAAAACAAGAACCGAAAAGUUGUGGUCAUAAAGCAAAUUCUACAACACACAAUCUCCCAUCAACAUCUAAAAAUGAGGAUUUACCAGUAAUAAGUCAAAAUUCUUGCUCAAAAUUGAAGGAAAACUAUCAACAAACAUUAGAAGUGAAAGCUAUCGACCAUAAUAAGAGUAAUACUGAACCACAAUGCUCAUCAUCUGAUAGAGAAGCAUCUAGAAUUGAAUCAGUUAAAGAGGCUGAUGCAUACAAGUCGCCCACACCGAAAUCCCCUACAAAAUUUUACAGCAAUUUGAAAAAAUCGCCAGAAAUGUUGGAGCUAAAAAGUAUAAUUCAAAAAAUUAGUGAAAGCGAAGGAAGACGGUGUAAAGUUACCACUAAUGAAAAAUUAAGCGAGUGUCUCAAAUCUAGGCAAUAUAAUAAAAAACCCUCAAGCUCUACAUCUAAUCUAACAGAUAAUACGAGCUCAAAUCCUUCGUUGAACAAAUUAGAAACUCCAGACAAAAUAGAUCUUAAUUCUGAACGUGCUUCAGCUUCUUCAACUAAUCACUUUUUAUCUCCAACUGAUAAUCUCAGGGGUAGAACACGAAAAAUCAUAGAAAUGCUUGCAGAUGAUGAUCAGAAAACUGUUAUCAACCAAAAAUAUGCUAGUGAAGCAAAGCAACGUGAAAUCAAAAGUGUAGUACCAGUUGAAACUACAAAUACCAAUAACACAACUACCAAAAAUGAACUACAGGAAUCCUCAAAUGAUUUAUUAAAUAUUCGACCUGUCAAAAAUCAAACUAGUUCCAAGGGCCCUCAAACUAUCGUUGAAAGUACUAAAAAAGUAAACAGAAGUAACAAAUUAUUGCUUAGUGAAAAAGAAAUUGAUAGAAACAAAGAAAAUAAUAGUCGAAGCUCAAGUAAUGAAGAAAAUAUUCCAAAUUUGGAGCCCAAAAGUAUUCCAAAACAAUCUAACCAGAACGUUCCGACAGAAAACUUAAAGGAACAAGAUAAUAAUUGUAGUAAUAGUGCCGAACGUAAUGUUAGUUUGGUAUCACAUGACAUUUUAAUUUGUAAAGAAACUAAAAUGUCGUGUGAUACAACACAAGCUAACAUAGAAACUCAAAAUGGAACAACAAAUGUAAAUUCUACAAAGGAUGGUGAAGAUAAAGACAAAGUAUGUACUGUAAGUUUAGCAAAAGCUAAAGAAACUAAUGAAGACAAUCAAAGUGAUACACUGAGUGUAGCCCAAAAUAACAACACUGUGAAAGCACUUGAUACUUCAAGAAGUACAGCAAAAGAGAAUGAUUUAUGUGAUCAAAAUAAAUCAUCUGACAAUUGUAAUGUUCCAAAAGCAUUUUUGGAACAAGAGUUAAAAGAAAAAGAACAGAAUCAUGCAGUAGGUUCAACAAAUAAUUUAGACGUCAGUAGAGAACAAAAAGAAAUAGAAAAACAUAUUACUGUUGGUGUAAGAAGCAAUUUAGAGUCUAACAAAACAGAUGGAGAUAAAUUAGACCUUACUCCAGAUUCUAACAACGUACUGUUGUCAAAAAGGAGAUCAUUGAGAUCACAAGGAGGGACAUCUAAGAAACAGAAACAGGUUCAGCCAGAAUUAGAACAGGAAUCUGCAGAGGUUUUGGAAAAUGGAGCAAAUGCUCAGAAGGGUGAGGCGAUGUCAACGUCAGGUAUUACUUCUGUAGAAAUAAGAGCAGACAGAUCUAGCAAAUAUGCACCACAUAAACAAGUUGCAACCGAAAUAGAGAUUGCUCCAAUUUUAGAUGCAAAUCAGUGUCAAGGAAUGGACGAGAAUGAAGUAAAGAAAUCACCAGAUAUUACUCCAAAAGAAAAAGCAGGCAGACGCAGCAAACAUCCUCCACAUAGACGAGAUCUUGCCAACACAACAGACAACGAAACUGAUUCUCUAAAAGUCUCAACAACGCCUAUAACUUUAAACGCAAAUCAGUCUCAACAAACGGAAAAUAUUGAGACCUUAAAAGCACAAGAUAUUACUCUAUGCAAAAUUAUACCUGAUACAAAUAUGACAGAAAAUGAGUCUAGUUCCCUAAGCGCUUUGACAAAACCUUCAGUUUUAAACACAAGUCAGUGUCAAGAAGUAGAAAAGAAUGAUGCACUGAAGUCACCAGAUUUUACUCCAAAAGGAAAAGCAGGCAGACGUAGCAAACAUACGCCUCAAAAACGGGAGGUUACAAACACGACAAAGACUGAAAAUGAUGUUAUAAACGCCUUAACACCGUCUUCAAUUAUAAACGCAAGUCAGUGUCAGCAAGUGUCACCAGAUACUCCAAGAGGGACAUUAAGUAAACCUAAUAAACGAGAUGUUACAGACACAAUAGAACAUGAAUCUAGUUCUCUAAAUGUGUUAAAAACUCCUAUGGUUGCAAGUACCAAUGCAAGCCAGUGUCGAAAAUCAGACAAGACCGAGACAUUACUGUCACCAGAUAUUACUCCAAAAAGGAAAUCAGACAGAUCAACCAAAACUACACCUAGUAGACCUGACGUUUCAGACACAACAGAGAAUAAAUCUGGUUCUCCCAAUGCGUUAAAAACGCUUCCAAUAUUGAACGCGAAUCAAUGUCAAAAAGUGGAAAAGAAUGAGAUAUUACUGUCACCAGAUACUACUCCAAAAAGAAAACUAGACAAAACAAGCAAAGAUAUAGCUCAUAAACGAGAAGUUACAGAUUCAACAGAUAAUGGAUCUGCUCUGCAGGUCAUGUUAACCAAAGAUCUACCUCAAGAUUCGGAAAACAAUCGUUCUACACACACUAAAGAACCCAUCGAUUCAGGUAAGAGCCAAAGUGACACAUUUGACGUUACUGAAAUGAGUGAUAGCUCUGAUAUGUUGUCACCUCUUGGUACACCAAAAAGGAAAAGAGGUAGACCGAAAAGACAAAGCAAAGAUAUAGAUCAUAAACGAAAAGUUACAGAUUCAACAGAGAAUGAAUCUGCUCCGCAGGUCAUGUUAACCCCAAAUCUACCUCAAGAUUCGGAAAACAAUCGUUCUACACACAAUAAAGAACCCAUCGAUUCAGGUAAGAGCCAAAGUGACACAUUUGUCGUUAAUGAAAUGAGUGAUAGCUCUGAUAUGUUGUCACCUCUUGGUACACUAAAAAAGAAAAGAGGUAAACCAAAAAAACAUUCUACCGUUAAAGAAGAUAACUCUCAAAGUACACUUACAGAACAUAUUUCUCUGCUAGGUAACUCCCCUGUAUCCAAAAGUGGACAAAAAAUCGUAAAUAUGGAUGAUGGUACCAUAGAAGUAAAAAGAAAACGUGGAAGACCUAGAAAAACACUGACAGAAGAAGAAAUAAAGGAAUCAGUAAUUAGUAAUUGUGAAGAUAUAAGUGUGAGUCAAAAAUUGGAUGGUGAUAAUGAACGUACAGUAUCAAAAUCUACCUUAAAUGAAAUACCUAGUACAUUACAAAUGGACAAAAUUGUAGAUGACCUCAAAAUUAGAGUUAACGGACAAAUAAAGAGUAAACACUUGCUAAAAACCAACAAUUCAAAGUCUACUUUAGAAAAUAGUCAAGAAACAGAAAAUACUAGUACACAAAAUGUUCCUACCUUAUUCACGGGACGAAAAGAAAUGUCAAACCAAUCUGAAAACUUGCUAGACGAAGAAGUCUGGACUAUAAACAAAUUGAGUAGUGAGGCUACCAAAACUUCAUCAAACGCAGAUAAUAAAGAGCUUAAACGGGCUAAAAGUAGUCUUAACGAAAAACUAGAACAAAAUAACGAAUUUACUUCUACUGGAAAGCUCAAGGACCUAAAUAAAAUAAGUACCAGGGACUUAUUAAUCAGUUCGCCACGUAAAAAGAGGUAUAGUAGAAGAAAUAGUGAUUUUCACGAAGAGACUGAAGAAAUAAAUUUGGAUCGAAGAAGAAGAAGUAAAAGUUGCGUAAUUGGCAGAAUUUCGGACAGUGCCACCGACGAAGAUGAUUGGUGUAUAAAAACCAGAAGCCGAACUAGCUUAGGCGACAAAAUUCUGUGUACAACUGACGAUGAAGGUGAAUCAGACAGUGAAAAUAACAUUUCCAGAAGAACUAGAAGCAAAACUAGUCUUGGUGAAAGAAUUUCGUCAGGUGAUGACAAAGAUUCUGCUAAAGUAAGAAGCAAAUCAAGUCUUGGGGAAGCUCGCAGUUUUGUAGAGCAUAACGUCAGCGUACUGCCAAGAAGAAGAACACGAAGAAGUAGUUCUGUUAAGCAAAGUUUACCUUUAGAGGAAAAACGACAAUCUAGAAGUAUGAAUAACGCUAAUGCGGAAGAAAACCGAUUCAAAAGUAAUAAUGAUGUUAAGGACGGUGAUACGAGUGCCAAUUUUAAUGAUAGUAGUAAGGAAAACAUCGUCGAUGGUGCUAAGAGGGAAAUGAGUAUGAGAAAGAAGAAGGUGGCAUCCACAAAUGAAUCAAGAAGUAAAGCGUUUCCUUAUUCAAAACCCUCAAAAAGCAGGAGAUCCUUACAGCUAUUGAAGCGUCCGCAACAAUACGUUAAAAGAAGACACUCCUUAGGAUCAAAGAGCGAUAUUAUAAGGAGAUUUAAGGCGAUAUAUAAACAAGAACACAAACCAUUUUUGCCUCAGUUGGGGGAUUUCGUUUGGGCUCAGUUCAGCAAUUAUCCGUAUUGGCCAAGUUUUGUUUCAAAAGAACCAGACUCUGGAUUGUUUACAAAGAUUGCUAAGAAGGGCCUCAGCGAAAGAACAGUACAUCAUGUUAACUUUUUUGGAGAUAAAGGACGAACCGCCUGGAUAUACAACAGAAGGCUAAUGGUAUAUAAAAAUAGAAACGAUUUAGAGAAACUGUACAAUACUUUACAAGAAUUUAAAGCAUUUGCCGAAGUUAAAGCAUUUUUUGUACGGUCUGGUCUAUCAAAAAAAUGGACAGCUGCGGUAGAUGAGCUAGAGUAUGUCAAGACGAGCGGUUUUGACUUCAAAAAAAUUACUAGAUUUUUGGCAUUAACCAGUGUUUCAUCAGAUGAAGAAUCUGCCACAGAUGAGGAUAUAGAGAAAUUGAGUAAGGGGAAAAAGUCUCUAGAUACGGAAAACGUUGAUGAUCAAGAGGAGAUCGUUCACGUACAGAAGAAAAUUAAACUUGAAAGUGACUCACCGCCGACUAGCAAACAGAAAUUGUCUAGAAAAAAAUUGGUAAAAGAUUCCUCAGAAAUGUCUUCAGAAGCAUCUUAUCCGCUGACGGAGCCGAAAAAGGAAGAACCGAACGAUGACGAUGAAGUUAAAGACGAUAGCAUUGAACACAAGAUUAAUCCCGACACUCUACGUCACUUCGGUUCCUACUCCAUCGACGAACAAAAAGCAUUAUAUAAAAGAAAUAACCUCUUCAAAGGGGUACCCAAGGAAAAAGUUUGCUAUUACUGUUUCGAAUCAGGUGAUCUGCUCAAAUGUAAAGGUGGCUGUAACGGACUGUACCAUCGUUACUGUGCGAGUCAGGUACUCGUGGAAAAGUACCCUAGAAGAAGAAAGUUUAGAACCUCUCCAGCCAAGUCAGAAAGUAUGGCUAAGGUCGAAAAUGCUAAGCCUGAAGCUGUCGAAUCUCUUAGCCCAACUGCUACUUCCCCAGAAGUGGUAGAAGAGCCGGUGAAAGCUCCGCCAGUAAAAACUUCCGAACCGCCCGAGGUUGACGACACUCACGUUCAGAUAGUAACGGUACCGUCUUUCCGAUACCAGAGCCCGCCUAAAAAGACCUUCCCGCCAGAUUUUGUAAAUAUGUCCUUGGCGGAUCAGAUCGAUUUUAAAAUGAAGGAAAUUAUGGGGAAGUUCGAGUCGACGACGUAUGUAGAUAUAUUGAGUGAGUCGUCGAGUGACGAAAAAGUUACCAGUUCUCCUGUAACGAAAACGCUGCUUGAGAAUAAUGUAAAUAAAACUUCUCCAUCAUUAACAGCUCUGGUUAACAAUCAGACUGAAGAAUCACAAUCGAGUAAUGGACAGAAUGUAACGGAAGAAUCAGUGAAUGCAGACAAAACUUCUCCAUUAUUAAAACCUGUGGUUAACAAUCUGACUGAAGAAUCACAAUCGAGUAAUGGACAGAAUGUAACGGAAGAAUCAAUGAAUGCAGACAAAACUUCUCCAUCAUUAAAACCUUUGGUUAACAAUGGGUCUGAAGAAUCACAAUCGAGUAAUGGACAGAAUGUAACGGAAGAAUCAAUGGAUGCAGACGUCGACUAUACCAAAGAUCGUGCUAGCAAGCAUAGAGCUCCAACAAAACAUGUAACAGCAGAUUGUAGACCAAUAACUCAUAGCAAAAAUUCUUCUCACCGUGUAAAUGGCUAUAGAAACCCCUUCGCAAAACAUGUUACCGCUGACAGUGAGAUAGGUCUAGACUCGAAAACAUUCAAGUGCGGCUUUUGCGUAGAAGACAUCGAUCCUUACUGCUUUAUUUGCUACGAUACGGUAUCGAAAAAAGGCGGUACAACGAGACAGAAAUGUUCGUUGCAUCCGUGCCCGCGCUUCUACCAUCCGGAUUGUUUAAAGUUGUGGCCACAAACACAGUGGUCGUUGAUUCAGACUACGAAAAACCGGUUUUCGCAAGAGGAGCAGGAUAGUUUUGUGUGUCCGCAGCAUGUCUGCCACACGUGCGCCUCGGAUGAUCCUCGUGCUGCCAUUUCUAGGUGUCCCUGGGAUAAAAUCGUCAAAUGCCUGUGUUGUCCGGCUAGCUACCAUUCGACCAACUUUUGUAUUCCCGCUGGUACGGCGAUUAUAAGUACCACCCAAAUAGUUUGUCCGAGGCACAGGUACAGGACGAAGCCGUACACCAUAAAUACGACGUGGUGUCUUUUGUGUAACGAGGGGGGAAACUUGAUCUGCUGCGAAACAUGCCCAACCAGUAUUCAUCCGGAAUGUAUGACAGUAAAUUUAACAGACGACGAUAGAUUCAUUUGCGAAGACUGCGAAUCGGGAAGGCUGCCUUUGUACGACGAAGUGGUCUGGGUCAAACUGGGUAACUAUAAAUGGUGGCCGAGUCUCAUUAUAUUCCCCAACGAAAUACCUCCCAAAGUGCAGAGCACCAAGCAUCAUCCGGGGGAGUUUGUGGUGAAGUUUUUCGGUACUUACGACUAUUAUUGGAUGAAUAGGGGAAGGGCGUUUUUGUUCCAAGAGGGUGAUACUAUAGAUAAUGGUAUAAACACCAAGAAAAAGUUUCAGGCUGCUUUUAUGAGAGCUGUAGAGGAAGCUGUAGUGGCUCAUCAGAUGAAGAAGCAAUUUAAAAUAUUACAAGCGGCUGAAACGGCAGUUUCGAUGAAGCCCCCUCCGUACAUAAAAAUUAAAGUGAGUAAACCUGUAGGAAAUGUCAGGUUGACCGAAUUAGACCUAAGUAAUACUACAGCAUGUGAGUGUGAUCCUAAGCAGGUCAAUCCUUGUGGACCUGAUAGUAAUUGCUUGAAUAGGUUACUCCUCACCGAAUGCCACCCUGAGGUAUGUCCCGCGGGUAAACGCUGCAAAAAUCAGUCGUUCGAAAAACGGGAGUACCCUACGUUAGUUCCGUACAGAACAGACAUGCGAGGUUGGGGGCUCAAAACGUUAGAACCUAUCAAAAAGGGACAGUUUGUGAUCGAGUAUGUUGGAGAACUGAUAGAUGACGAAGAGUACCAACGUAGGAUCCAAAAGAUGCACGAGCAAAAGGAGGAGAACUACUAUUUUCUUACUAUUUACAAGGAUAGAAUGAUAGAUGCCGGACCUAAAGGUAACAUCGCUCGGUUCAUGAACCACUGCUGCCAACCUAAUUGUGAAACACAAAAAUGGACCGUAAACGGUAAUACUCGAGUUGGUUUGUUCGCUACGGUUGACAUUCCCGCCGAUACCGAAUUGACGUUUAAUUACAAUUUAGAAUGCACCGGGACUGAGAAGAAGGUCUGCAAAUGUGGAGCCCCCAAUUGCAGUGGAUUCAUCGGUGUUAAGGCGAAAAACGAUUCCGCCGAACUGAGAAAACCAAAGAAAGAAAAAAAGAAAAAAGAGCCUGAGAAACCAAUGGAACUGCCACCCUGUUACAUUUGCCAAAGAAAAGGUCGCGUUAGUCUGUGUAAUAAUAAAAUUUGUAACAAGGCAUAUCAUUUAAGAUGUUUAAAACUAAAGGAAAGGCCAGACAGUAAGAAAUUCGUAUGCCCGUGGCACUAUUGCAACGUUUGCUCAAAACGAACCAUCCGAUGUUGUGUUAAGUGCUUGAAUUCGUUUUGUCCAUCACAUUCAGAGGGAAACGUCCGUUACGACAACUUGAUGGGUUUCGUGUGCCACACGCACGAUCCGACAAAUGCAACAUCACAAGCUGUGAACGUUACGGUACGAAAAAGAAGAAGCAACAACGUAACAGAUGAGGCGCAGGUCUCUUCUACGACCACCGAUAACGAUGACUUCGAUACUGAAGCAGACUCUUCAACUUGCCGUAAAUCGAGGAAAAGUAAAAAGACCGUAGAAGAAGAUGAGAAUAUAGAUUUCGAUAUAAGCGAAUCUUGUACGUCUAGCCCUCUGAAAGGCGCAGAUGAUGAAUCGCAAGAUGAAACAGUCUCUAGUGCAACAGUUUCCGAUUUUGAAGAAGAAAUUCGGCCGAAAAGGAAGAAAAAACAAAUUAAAAAGCUCCGCUCUAAAAAAAGGAAACUGAAGUUCUCUAAUAGGAAAACUAUAAAUAGGAAUACAAUCACUGCCAAUAGUGUAAAUGAUACGACCGAGUCGAAUCUGAAUGUGGAUAUGUAGAUAUAGACCUAGAUUUUAGUAGUUUUUGUAAUUUCAUGAAUAUAUAUUUUGGUUUUCUUUUUAAAAAAUGUGACUAUUCACAUUCUGACUUUUUUACUUUGAACACUCAAUAGAACUUUAUAUGAUUUUUGUUUAAUUGAUGUAAAUCGAAAUAAACCAUUUUAAUUAAUGAAA